UACCCUUCAACCCAUCGCACACUCUCUAUUCGGUCAAAACCAAAAACAUGAAUUCGGAAACGCAACACGGAACGGCGUCGUACUGGUGCUACAGCUGCACCCGCUUCGUCCACCUCUCCGCGCACCCCACCGUCGCCUGCCCCCACUGCCAGACAGGCUUCGUCGAAGAGAUCCGACCACCCGCCGACGCCUCCCCGCGCCACCGCCUCAGCCCUUUCCCCGACCACGACCCGCUUUCUCUCCGCCGUCAGGGCUUCCGCCGCCGCCGCCGAGACGCCGCCAACCGCUCCCCCUUCAACCCUGUCAUCGUCCUCCGCGGCCCCGCCGACGACGCCGACCAGGAUGCCGCCGCCGCCUCCUCCUUCGAGCUGUUUUACGACGACGGCGACGGCUCCGGCCUCCGCCCCCUCCCGCCCACCAUGUCGGAGUUCCUCCUCGGCUCCGGCUUCGACCGCCUCCUGGAGCAGUUCGCGCAGAUCGAGAUGAACGGCUUCGGCCGCCCGGAGAAUCCGCCGGCGUCGAAGGCGGCGAUCGAGUCCAUGCCGACGGUCGAGAUCGGAGAGGCGCUGGUCCAAACCGACGCGCACUGCGCCGUGUGCAAGGAGGCGUUUGAGCUUCACGCGGAGGCGCGUGAGUUACCGUGCAAGCACAUCUACCACUCCGAUUGCAUUCUCCCGUGGCUCUCCAUGCGCAACUCGUGCCCCGUGUGCCGCCACGAGCUUCCCUCCGAUUUGGAAACUAGGGUUCCGAGCCAGAUCGACGAGGAGGCCAUAGGGUUAACGAUUUGGAGGCUCCCCGGCGGGGGAUUCGCCGUGGGGAGAUUCUCCGGCGGUCGUAGGGGCGGCGAUAAUCACUUCCCGGUGGUGUACACGGAGAUGGACGGCGGGAUGAACGCGAACGGUGCUCCGAGGAGAAUUUCUCGGUCGGUGAGAAGCAAUAGGGUUAGGGAGAGUCGAGGGUUUGGUAGGGUUAUUCGCAAUUUCUUUUCAUUCUUUGGAAGAAUCGGUUCUAGGAACUCUUCUGAACAUGGGUCCGUGAGUAGAAGCCGUAGCCAAGUGAGUUCAUUGUUCAAUAGAAGCUCGCGGAGCCAUAGCAGGACUUGGGUCUUGGAUUGAUGAUAGGUGAUGCCAAUUUUGCUAAAAAUACUCUUUUUUUUAGAUUCAUUUCAUACUGUAAAUAGCAUGUAACUAGCAAAUAUAGAAGCAAUUGUAGUUUUCAGUUUCCCCUCUCUGUCGGAGAGUAUUAUAUGGAUUGAUUCAAUAUCAAUAGAAGCUGUGUUUUGCUUGUUCGGAAAUGGUGGCUCAAGGAAUGAAGAGUGCUAUUUUUUCGGUGUGGAAUUGAAUCAAACAUGUGUUGUGCGCUUUUACCAGUUGGCAAUCACUAACUGUAGCAGUGGACUGGGACAAGAAUGAUGCUUUGUUUCCCGUGAACUGAAUUAUUUGAUUUGUUUAUAAUAUCAUGUUAUAUUCUUUCAAGACUGUGUUUUCUGAGAUGCCUCUUUCAACUUGCGGCACCAUGAUGUUUUGACCAAUAUGCUGAUGAAGUGAUGAUGAUAAGUCACUUUUUCUGUGGUGUGAUCCUUUUAAGUUGAUUGGGGAUGGGAAGAGGAUGCUGCAUAGGAAAUGCAAUUUGAAUGAACAGCUGCUAAAUUGUUGUUGUAGUUUGGUAAUCAUAAUUCAUCUGAAAAAAAUGUCUCAAUUUUGAAAUGUUUUGUGCCCUUGUGCUGCAGGACUUUUGUUCUAUUAUUGAGCUACUUGUUGAUUGCAUGAUGAAUUCCUAAGUUUCAUGAAUCCCUCUUUUCACCUUUUGUUCUAGCAACUUGAUUAAAAGAUUAAAGGCAAUUUUUUAUUC